GUGUUGUGUCAGUGUGUGUGUCAAUCGCAAUAGCCGCCUAUUGCUUCUACAUUUCACAAAAGUGAAACAUCACUUAAGAUAAUCACAAACAAAAAUGUUAUCGAGACAGUUCAUCAAGAGUGCCAAUUUGCACACAGUGCGAUGGUUCACUCGCAUCGGCGGCACUAUGCGAGAAGCCAAUAAAGUGGAAAAAACCGCCGCGGAAAAGAGUCACGAGGACACAAAGAAAAUCUUAGGUUCGGAAGCGCGUAUGCACCGUGUAACCGAUUUCGACAAGAAAUUACUGGUUUGGGUGAAACGAUAUCCAAACGUAGCAGACGUUCCCACAGAAGUGACAUCGGAGUGUAUACUUUCGGCGAGGUCUAAGGCGCGAAUUAAGAUCUGCAAUUACAUGAUCGUUGUAACCAUUAUUGGCUGCGUAAUAUCCGUGAUACUCGGAAAACGUCAAGCUGAAAGAGGAGACACCUUGAAAAAACAAAGGGAAGAGUGGUUUGAAAAUGUGAUGGCACGGGAGAGAAGUAAAUAAUGUACAAAAAUAUUCAAGAAAUGUAGUGAAAUGAGUCGCAAAUGUUGUAAGGAACAAGUUUUGUGUUAAAUGUAGAUGACGACGACUUGUUGCAAAUCAAUUGAGUUUCUUAUCAUUAUUAAGAAACUUCGUUAUUUCAAAAUAUUUUUCAUAAUAUUUCUCGUAAAAUACUUAGAAAGCUAAUUUUUUUGCAAUAACGAGGCAAUAAGAGAUGUUUUACAUUGUAAUCACAUGUGAGAUAGAUCUGUAAAUGUUUCAGAAAUCAAUAAUAGAGUUUAAGAGAAAAUUCUGAAAAGUCGUA